GCAAAUUUUGUUUAAUCAAUAAAGUGUAAAAGGAAUACAAAACCAUAACAAGCAGGAAUCUAUUUUUCUACGUUUAAAAUAGUAUUGAAACAAUAUGGAAAAGGAGAAAAAGAAGUCUCUCUUGGAGAGAUAUGAGAUACCAAUAAAUCAUCUGGAUUUCGGGUAUGUUGAAAAAUGCACAAAUGCCCGGGAAAUGGAAAAAAUUGUGCAUAUCCUGCGUUCCGGCGAAGAAGGCUACUUCCCGGACUUAUUGCGCGUUUCGGAGGAGAAGCUCAAGGAGCUCAAGCCAGACAGCCGACUAUUUCGCUACGAGGAACCCAUAAAACAGAGCGACGUUCUGGACAAGAAGGAACUAAAGCCUAUUAUGGAUUGGACCAACGAUAUAAAAUCGAAAGACCAAGCUUUAAACGAAUUAAAAAAAGAUAAACUUGUCUUGGAUUUGCCGUCCAUUCGGAAAUUGGCCAAAAUAGAUCUGGAAAAACCAAGUACUGACUCUUCCAAACCUACAAAACAGAAACCAGAGCCAGCAGCUCAACCUUCCAAGCCCAAGGAAGAUAGGAUCCGAUCGACUGAUUACAGAAAAUGGGAUAAAUAUGAUCCCGACGAGGAGCUAUUACGUAUGGAUCUCAGCGAGGAGCGCACCAAGGAGGAAGCGGAGACAAAGAUGGCUUGUCUCCAGAAGCCCAUUUCCGACGACGCACUUCUGGACGAAAGAAAAUCAAUGUACGAGCGAUUGCAGAUGCAUUUAAAAAAACUAAGCCCUCUGGAACGAGAGCAAUUUUCUGAAAAACACCGCCUUCGAGGAAAUGAGUUCUUUAAAGCCAAAGAAUAUGAAAAUGCCAUUGAGGAGUACAACUGCGCCAUUCUCUACGAUCCUGAUAAUGCGGCACGAUCUUACAAUAAUCGUGCCGUGUCUCAUAUGAAACUAAAUCAUUAUGUGGCUGCCAUUGCGGACUGCGAAGCUUGCCUCCAGUUAGAGCCGGAGAACGUCAAGGCUUGCCUCCGUCUGGCUGAUGCUAACUAUGCCCAAGGAAGACGUCGCGAAUCCUAUCACAUGUACCAAAGAGUUCUUCAGUUGGAUCCCGAAAAUAGUAGUGCCAAAAAGUCGCUGGAGAAGCUCAACUCGCAGGUUGGAGAACUGGCGCCCACAAAUGCCACACGCUUGAUGAUCGAAGAGAUGAAGCCAGAGGCAGAUGAAAAGAAGUCCAAUAACACCUCCAAAGAAAAAGCCAAAGAAGUCUCGAAGGAAAAGCCGCCUGUGGAUAAACCUAAACCUCCUCCUGUCAAGAUAUCUCCCGCCAGCAAGUCCCCAGAACCAAAGGAGUACGAUCUUGCUGAGUUGGUUAAGCCAAACCGUGUCGUUAAAAGCAAAUUGGUUACUGCUGCCGAGGCUCUUGGCAACAAGAUGCAUUCACCAAAAACCGGUUUACCUAAGCCACCCAACGUUCCGAACAUUCAAUCCAAACCGAUAAAGGAUCCAUCUCCAGCGAUGUUGCGUCUACCCCAGGACAAUGUCAACAACAGCAACAAACUCCUUAUCCAAGAAAUUUAA